GUGGCAGUGUAUUUCACGCGGGAGGAGUGGGAGCUGCUGGACGAUGAAGGCAAGGAGCUUUACCGGGACCAGAUGCUGAGGAAUUACCAAGCCCUCGUUUCCCUGGGAUAUCGAGGUCCAACCCCUGACUUAAUCUGCCAUCUCCAGCAAGGCCAGGGGGAGCUCUGGGGCUGUGCUGGGCAGGAGCGAGGGGAAAGCUCACGGCGGGAGGACCUGGCUGCAGCAGGUGCCUGGCUGCCUUCCCGAGCUGAGCAGCAGCCUUCUGCAAACCUGGAGCCCCCACAGACUUGCCCAGGGAGUCAGGCUGAGAUGGACGCCCUGAGACCAGAGGAUUCCCAGUGGCACCAGAGUGAGGGGAGGCCCCAAAAGCAGAAGGACCAUUUCUCCUCCCUGGCUCAGCACUGGCGCGUCCAUUUGGGCAGGAAGGUGCACCGCUGCACCGAGUGCAGGAAGAGCUUUGCCACCCCACAAGACCUGUCCCAGCACCAGUGUGUGCAGAGCGGGCAGCAGCCACACCGCUGCACCGAGUGUGGAAAGAGCUUCAGGCAGCCCUCCAACCUGGCCAGGCACCAGCGCAUGCAUGCAGGGGAGAAGCCACAUCAGUGCUCGGUGUGUGGGAAGAGAUUCACCAGAUCCAGGUCCAUGGCCGAGCACCACCGUAUCCACACAGGGGAGAAGCCGCAUCAGUGCUCGGUGUGCGGGAAAAGAUUCAGCAGAUCCAGCUCCAUGGCCCGGCACCAGCAUGUCCACACACGAGAGAAGCCACAUCGGUGCUCGGUGUGUGGGAAGAGAUUCGGGAGUUCUGGCUGUAUGGCCCGACACCAGGUCAGCCACACUGGGGAGAAGCCACAUCAGUGCCCCAAGUGUGGGAAGAGAUUCGCCCAGUCUAGGUCCCUGGCCAUGCACCACCGUCUCCACACCGGGGAGAAGCCACAUCAGUGCUCGGUGUGUGGGAAGAGAUUCACUCAGUCUAGCCACCUGGCCCAGCACCACCGUAUCCACAGAGGGGAGAAGCCGUAUCAAUGUUCGGUGUGUGGGAAGAGCUUCACCAGAUCCAGCUCUAUGGCCCGGCACCAGCGUGUCCACACAGGGGAGAAGCCACAUCGGUGCUUGGUGUGUGGGAAGAGAUUCACUCAGUCUAGCCACCUGGCCCAGCACCACCGUAUCCACAGAGGGGAGAAGCCGUAUCAAUGUUCGGUGUGUGGGAAGAGCUUCACCAGAUCCAGCUCUAUGGCCCGGCACCAGCGUGUCCACACAGGGGAGAAGCCACAUCGGUGCUCUGAGUGUGGGACGAGAUUCACCCGAUCCAGCUCCCUGGCCAAACACCAGCGUGUCCACACAGGGGAGAAGCCAUAUCAGUGCUCUGAGUGUGGGACGAGGUUCACCCGAUCCAGCUCCCUGGCCAAACACCAGCGUGUCCACACAGGGGAGAAGCCAUAUCAGUGCUCUGAGUGUGGGACGAGGUUCACCCGAUCCAGCUCCCUGGCCAAACACCGGUGUGUCCACACAGGGGAAAAACCAUAUCAGUGCUCUGAGUGUGGGACGAGAUUCACCCGAUCCAGCUCCCUGUCCAAACACCAGCGCAUCCACACAGGGGAGAAGCCACAUCAGUGCUCAGUGUGUGAGAAGAGCUUCACCAGAUCCAGCUCCCUGGCCCAGCACCAGCGCAUCCACACAAGGGAGAAGCCGCAUCACUGCUCUGAGUGUGGAAGGAGCUUCAGGCACUCCUUCAGCCUGGCCCGGCACCAGUGCAUCCACACUCAGGAGCAUCCAUAAUUCUCCUAGCAGUGCAGGAUGGACUUGUGGAUGCCGACCUGCUUAGUCCUCUCCAGUGGCUGCAUUCAGGCAAGCAGACUCAUGCUGCUGUAUUGCAGAAAGCGGUCACCCAGCCUUUGGCCCGUGUAGACAUAGAGCUAGGACUAGGGUCCAAGAUCAAAGAUAA